AUGAAAAUAAUAGAAGCUAUUGAAACAGCUUCACCAACUACAAUAACUUAUAAUGCUGGUGGAGUAAGCGUUGCCAACGAAAAGAAAGCUGCUAUUGCAGAAGCUGCUGCUACAAAAGCUGUUGAAGAAAAGAAAGUAGCCGAAGAACAUAGACAUAAUUUAAGAUUGGAAAAGUUGGCAGCAGAGGGUAAAAAACCUAAAACGGAAAAGUUGGCAGCAGAGGGUAAAAAACCUAAAACGGAAAAGAAAGGUUCAGGAGUUGGAGAUAUGAUAGGCACAAUGAAAGAAUUUGGAAAAAGAUUUAGUGAAGAAACCAGGAAAACUGUUAAACAAGGAUUAAAUAAAUUAGUAGAUAGUAUUGACACGGGAGAAAUCAAAGUCAAACAUAAGGGUAAUGGAAUAUUGUAA